ACUCCGCCGUGGCGGAAGUAAGUUGUAUCGCCUAGGCCUCAUCCUUCCAAUGGCGACUGCAAACAGGCUGAAUAGAGAGCGGGAGCAACCGUGGAGGGGGGUCAGCGACGUGUAACCGAAAUUAAAUAAAUAUACCAGAUUUUGUACUCGAGCCAUAAAGUUAGUCCGAGGAUAGUUUCACCUCCAAAUCACGGCCGCUUCCAUGGCCAAAAGUCGGAACAUUUCGCUCCUUGAGUCGGAGCUCUAUUACUUGAUUUCUCGUUUCCUAACAACGGGUCCGUGUCGGAGAGCGGCUGAGGUCCUUGCAAGCGAGCUCGAGGAAAACCAGCUCUUACCCGGGAGAUUGGACUGGCUGGGGAACGAACACCCCAGAACAUACGAAGAUGUGGUCGCUGCCAACAGACAUGUUGCGCCCGACCAUUUGCUGCAGAUAUGUAAGCAAAUCGGACCACUCCUCGACAGAGAGGUGCCGUCAUGCGUCCCAGGUGUGCACUCCCUCCUGGGCUGUGGGAAGCAGUCCAUGCUUCGGUCCGCAAAAGACUUCGACAGUGUGCAGCUCAAAGCUUCAUCAUAUGCAGCCCUACAUCGGGGCAGACCACCAGAGAGGCCUUUGAACCAGAAGCAACCUCCACACCAGGUGAAGGUGCAUCGGGGGAGGGAGCUGACCGGAGUCCAGCGCUUCAGCUCCAUCAGUCCUGUCAGCACCUAUGAGCACAUGCGUCUGCAUAGGCGGAUCCUGGGACACCUGUCUGCAGUGUACUGCAUCGCCUUUGAUCGCACCGGUCUCAGGAUCUUCACAGGCUCAGAUGAUUGUUUGGUGAAGAUUUGGUCUUCAUUUGACGGACGGCUUCAUUCGACGUUGAGAGGACACUCUGCAGAAAUCACAGACUUGGCUGUCAACUAUGAAAACACACUAAUCGCCGCAGGAAGCUGCGACAAGACCAUCCGUGUGUGGUGCCUUCGUACCUGCGCCCCCGUGGCUGUGCUGCAGGGGCACAGCGGAUCCAUUACCUCCCUUCAGUUUUCACCUUUUGCCAAGGGCUCCAAGCGUUACAUGCUGUCCACUGGAACGGAUGCGACUGUCUGCUUCUGGCAGUGGGACGCCGACAACAUCAACUUCAGCGACCGACCACACAAAUUCACAGAGCGGCCGAGGCCCGGGAUCCAGACCGUGUGCUCCUCGUUCAGUCCAGGCGGGAUGUUCUUAGCAACAGGAAGUACAGACGAUGUCAUUAGAAUCUAUUACAUGGGAAGCGGGAGUCCGGAGAAGAUAUCAGAGCUCCACGAGCACACGGAUAAAGUGGACAGCAUCCAGUUUUGCCACUCAGGUGAAAGGUUCGUUAGCGGGAGUCGAGACGGAACCGCUCGAGUCUGGAAGCUCCAUCAGCGGCAGCGGUGGAGGUGCAUCUUACUCAACAUGUCUGCAACUCUGCCAGGUGCUGAACCGACAAAUGAAGAGGAAAGCUACUUUAAACCAAAAGUUACCAUGGUUGCGUGGGAUCGCCAUGACAAUACAGUCGUCACGGCCGUUAACAACCAUCUCCUCAAAGUGUGGAACUCCUACACAGGACAGCUGCUACAUAUCCUUAAAGGCCACGAGGCUGAGGUGUUUGUCCUCGAACCUCACCCUUUUGAUCCCAGGAUCAUCCUGUCUGCUGGCCACGACGGGAACGUCUUCAUCUGGGAUCUGCAGCGAGGAACCAACACGCAGCAUUACUUCAACAUGAUUGAAGGUCAGGGUCAUGGCGCUGUAUUUGACUGCAAAUUCACUCCUGAUGGUCAGCGGUUUGCCUGCACAGACUCCCACGGCCAUCUGCUCAUCUUCGGCUUCGGCAGCUCCAAACCCUAUGAAAAGCUUCCAGACCAGGUGUUCUUCCACACAGAUUACAGGCCGCUGAUUCGAGACGCCAAUGGCUUUGUGUUGGACGAGCAGACGCAGCAAGCACCCCAUCUGAUGCCCCCUCCGUUCUUGGUCGAUGUAGAUGGAAACCCCCACCCACCCAGAUACCAGCGCCUCGUCCCGGGGAGAGAGAACAUAGCGGCCGAGCACCUGGUUCCUCAGCUGGGAUAUGUAGCCACCAGUGAUGGAGAAGUGGUGGAGCAGGUGAUCAGCCAGCAGACCGCAGAACCCGAGGAGAUCUCGGUGAGACGUAGCAGCCUCCUAGACGAGGCGAUCCGACAGCUGCAGCAACAACAGGACCGGCAGAACCAGCCCGGCACAGAAGCGGCGCCGGGUCCUGAGGCCAGACCAGAAGGCCCGGUGUUGGCGCCAGCACCAAGCACUCCGCGCAGAGUGUCCGUGAAUGACCGGGCGGACGUCCACUCGUCUCCUAAUGUGGGCCUGAGACGAAGCGGACAAGUGGAGGGGGUAAGGCAGAUGCACCAAAACGCUCCUCGUAGUCAGAUGGCCACGGAGAGGGACCUGCAGGCCUGGAGACGCAGGGUGGUGGUACCAGAACUGGCAACCAGCAACUAUAGGAACCAGGAGGAUGUUCGAACAGCGAGAGGAGACGAGGAGGUGCUCCUGUACAACACCAAGAAGAGAAGGAUCGCCUACGGCAGCUGUCGGGACGAUUCCGACGAGGAACCCUCCGCCGCAAAGAAGGUUAACGGCAGCCGAGGUUCAGCAGAGUUCAUCGAGUUCUCGUGUGAAGAAGGCGAGGAGACGGCUACUUCGGACAUACACUCCGAGGACAACGAACUGGACGGCAGUGAGCUGGAUUCCUCCAAUGACGAUCUAGAGUGGACCAGUGACUCCUCGAACCAUACUUCCAGCGAGUACUCGGACUGGACAGCAGACGCCGGCAUAAACCUGCAGCCCUCCACCCCGCUGUCGUCGCGUAAGCGAGCCAGGUGCAGGCUCAUCAGCUCCGAGGAAGAGGAGGACGAAGAAAACGAGGAAGAGGAGGAGAGGCAGCAAAGCGAGGAGGAGGAAAAACCUGCGAAGGAAAGCAAAGAGAAAGCUAAGAAAGCCAAAGCCAAGUCACCCCGGCGUCCAAAGCCCCGGCCGUCUAUCAACAGGGAAGUGUCGAACGAGUUCAGGCCGUCGGCGUGGAUCACCGACGUCAUUCCCAGGAAGUCUCCUUUUGUUCCACAGAUGGGCGAUGAGGUGAUCUACUUUCGUCAGGGCCAUGAGGCCUAUGUUGAGGCUGUGAGUCGAAGUGAGCUUUAUCCCAUCAACCUGGAAAAACAGCCGUGGAAAAAAAUGGAGCUGCGGGACCAAGAGUUCGUGAAGAUCACUGGGAUUAAAUAUGAAGUUUGCCCUCCAACGCUCUGCUGUCUGAAGCUGACUCUGAUCGACCACGGCACCAAGAAAAUCACCGACAAGUCAUUUUCUAUCAAGUACCAUGACAUGCCAGAUGUGAUCGACUUUCUGGUGCUGAGGCAAAGUUACGAUGAGGCGCUGCGUCGAAAUUGGCAACCAAACGACCGGUUUCGCUCAGUGAUAGACGACGCCUGGUGGUUUGGGACCCUUGUCUGUCAAGAGCCGUACCAGCCAGAAUACCCAGACAGCCUCUUCCAGUGCUUCAAAGUCAGGUGGGACAAUGGAGAAACGGAAAAACUCAGUCCCUGGGACGUGGAACCUAUUCAGGAGGACGCCCUGCAGCCAGACACGGACGGAGGAGGCAUCCCUGCCACAGCAGAAGAGAUGAAGGAGCUGAUGUACAAACCUGUACCAGGGGAGUGGGGUGAGAGGAGCAGGGACGAGGAGUGUGAACGCAUCAUCGCUGGUGUCGAGCAGCUCAUUACGCUCGAAAUUGCCGCUCCGUUCUCUGGUCCAGUGGACUUAGUCCAGUAUCCUACCUACUGCACCGUGAUUGCCUAUCCCACAGAUCUGGGCACAAUCAGACUGCGGCUCAUCAACAGAUUCUACAGGCGCCUCUCUGCGUUAGUUUGGGAAGCCAGGUAUAUUGCACAUAACGCCCGCACUUUCAAUGAGCCAAGGAGCAAGAUUGCCCACUCUGCAAAAAUCAUCUCAAGCGUCCUCCAGAAGUUUGUCAAUAAUCCAAGCUGCACAGAUAUCCUGGAGAUUUACAAUGCAGUGGAGGAAAUGGAUGACGAUGACGAGGAAGAAGACACAGAGGCACCAGGUACAUCCUCUGGACACAGACUGCGUCAGCACUCUGAGGUGGUGCCAGACCGAGAAUCCUGGAAGGAACAGUGUAGGCAUCUGGUCAACUACAUAUUUGAUUGUGAAGACUCAGAACCAUUCAGACAGCCUGUGGAUCCUGAGAACUAUCCUGAUUAUCUUGACAUUAUUGAUACUCCAAUGGACUUUGGCACGGUGAAAAGGACCCUGGAGGAAGAUCGCUAUGACAACCCUAUAGAGCUGUGCAAAGACACGCGGUUAAUAUUUGCCAAUGCCAAGGCUUACACGCCCAACAAACGCUCCAAGAUUUACAGCAUGACCUUGCGACUCUCUGCCUUCUUCGAGGAGCAGAUCAGAACAAUCAUAUCGGAGUACAAAACCGCUGUCAAAAGCAGUGACAGGCUGCGCCGCAGUCAGAGGUUUCGCAAGAAAAUGCAGCAGCUGGAUCAGGCGUCGGCCGCAACAAGGUUCAUCUUGCCUCGCCUGUGUCAAAAAAAGCCCAGUGUCAAAACUCAGGAAAAAUUGGAGUCCAUGUCCGUAACGAAAUCUACCUCAGCCAAAGUGUCUGUCCCCGAGAGAGCGAGGCGGAGUCGCGGCAGAAGCUCAGGUCGCAGCUCCUCAGAGGACGACUCCGGCUCCAAAGCUGCCUCAUCCACACCAGAGUCUGAAAGCGACAACGAGCAGAGUGAUUCAGACGAGGAGGAGACGCGUCCAGCUUCUUCAAAGCGUCAUCAAAGCAGACACAAAGUCAGAGUUACAAGGAGCAAAGCUUCCAAGAAGAAGAAAAAAGCUGCUAAGAGCGACAGUGAGGAGGACGACGAUGAAGAGGAGGAAUGCGAGAGUGAAGGUGAGGAGGAAGACGAAGGAGACGUUUCCUCCAAGUCCUCAGAUCACCACUAUUGCAGCAGGAGCACACGGCAGACCAGAAACAGAACUGCCAGAGACGGAACAAGAGCAGAAGGCAAAGCAGAAAUGAACGGGCACAGCAGCAGGGCAUCUCGUCGAGAAAGGCGGAGUCACCGCAACUCUGACAGAGCCUCCUCCUCCCAUGACUCCGGCAGGAAGGAGGACGCGGCCGGUCCCAGGCUGCUCAAGAGAAAGACUGCAAGGGCUGCGGUGAGUAAGAUGAAGCUCCUGGAAGCAUCUGAUGAAGACGAAGAGGAAGAGAGGAGGCCGACACAAAGCGGCAGCAGUAGUAGGCUGCGCCACACGGCUCGUACGGCCAAACGCACGGCGGUGAUUCAGAGCAGCUCCGAGUCGGAUGGAAAGUCGUCGACUGGAGAUUCCCAGGAAUCUACUCAGGAAUCUGACAGUGAAUCCACGGGUGAGGAAGAUGCCACUGGGAGUGAUGCCUCAUCAUCCUCCCAGACCAAACGGAACGGAGUCAACAAGUCCAUCAGGCAGAAGAAAACGAAACACGCUGCCAAGACCAGAGGAAAUGAUACUUCGUCCCAAGUGAAUGGACACAGUGGAAAACCUAGACUUGAGAGCAACUCUGAGCAAGAAGAAACAGGAAAAGAGGAGGAAGAGCGGGCACCCUCGUCUCUAAAACCUUUCAGGAGGACAGCUGGAAGAAGCAGGAUUGUCAGCGAGGAGGAGGGGGGCCACGAGGGCCGAACCGCACGGAAAAAAGCCCACCACGUAAGCUCGGACGAAGACGACGGCGCCCAGAAACGGCCGCAACAAAACGGAAGGGGCGAAGACGAACCCAUCCAGAGGGACUCCAACAAAAAAAGCAAAGUCUCACCAUCAAAAAGCCAAGACAAACAAAAACCUGCCUCAACUAAACAACUGGGCGGUGCCGAGUCGGAUGAGCUCAGCGACCCUCCGAGACGCUCCAGCCCUAGGAAGAAGGGGACGAGGAGAGCAAAGCUGGACAGAAGCGGUUCCAGCGACGGCUCGGACCUUGAAAAGAGGAGACCCACGAGAGCCAAGAGCAAAAGGCCUCGCACCGCCUCAGCUUCAGAAAGUUCAGAGCAGGAGGCCAAACCCCGGAAGAAGUCGAGGCGGAAGCGCUCCACCGGGUCGUCCGACGAGGAGUCGGAUCUUUCCGACAACGCGUCCAACAGGAGGCUCACCCUUCGAGCUCUGCCGAAAAAGAAAUACAUCGUGGACAACUCUCUUUCCGAGGACGACCUGACCGGAGCAAACCAGCGUAGGCUGAGAAACGGAAGCAAGCGAGACUCGAGGGAAGAGAGGUGCAACACGGGAGUCCCCAAGAGAGCGUCUCCCAGCGAAGGAAGGAAUCAGAUCUCUUCCAAGAGGAAACGGAUUUACACCUCAGACUCCGAGGACGAGGAGGAAGAGGGGCCGAAGGGCCGUCUAAACAAAAGCAAUAGCAACAGCAGGUCCGGCUCCUCCAAGAGCUCUAAAAAGGAGUCCUAUGACGGCAAAGGUAGCGACACUUCCUCUCACUCCGACUCCAGGAAGGAGGAGGAGGAGGAUAACGUCCGCUCGACCAGGGCGAGGAAAAACUUGAGGCCGCCAAAGCCUAAAAGGAAGGAAAGCUACAGCAGCAGCAAACACAGUUCAGACUCGGAGAGCGAGCAGAUGUCAGCCUCUGAAAACUCCUUUUCCAGCUCAGGGUCCCACAGCAGUCCAAAGAGGAGGAGCCGCACGCGGACUGAAAGGACCUCAGGCCGCCAGCUCAGGCAGCGGCGCCAUCAGCCCGUCUCCGAGGAGGACAGCGACGAGUCGUACAGCAAACCGCAGAGGAAGAGACGCGUGAACACCCGCAACCGAGGCAAGAGGACUGUGAGCUAUCGCGACAGCGAAUGAAACGGCGGCUGGAGCCUGCAGGCUUCCCAGGGACAGGCGGACACUUAAUGGACAGGUUGGGGACACUGGAUGGCCAAGUUUUGGUAGUAGCACUGGAGUCCUCUCGAAUAAAAUGCUGUGAAUCUGUUUCAUUCAGGGAUAUUAUUUAUAUUUUCUAUGAAAAACAUGUUUAUAGAUGUAAUACAAAUUCAAGCAUUUUGAACUGCUGGUUUUCACAAGGGCACAGGAAAACAUCAGCUCCUGUGGUGGCGGUGGCGAUUUGGCAGAAGAACCGUUUCUGGGGAAUCUGGUCAGCUUGGGUGCUAUCUAAUAUACCUCUGUUUAAUCGAGCAUAUUGCUGGCUUGCACUAAGAAACACUGUAAUGAGGUAUUUCAUACACUAGUUUUGCAUUAGAAACUCAGGGGUCAACUAAGUUUACUGUAGUCUGGAGAGAUGCAGUUGGGUUUUUUUCUUUUCUCUUUUGGUUUAGCUUUCUUUGUUUUUUAGCUACGGUAAGGACGAUUGAAUGAUUCCAGAUCGGCAGAUGUCUGAGCGCAUCAACUGGAUCCAUCAAUUCCACGCCCGGGUUUUUGACUUCAGCACUCCUUUGUAAAUCCACACACGUAAAGCUUGACUGUAUAGCGAGGUGAGCCAAAUGAACUCAAAUGUAUUCUCUUCCCUACACAUUUUCCCCCCUCUUAUUUUUAUAUUUUUGUCUUCUAGUGAAUAGAUGUAAAUACAUAACUGAGAUUUAAUGAUUAGUUGCUAGCAAAGCAUUAAUUUAAAGCUGAUUGGGUUUGUCUUAUUUUUAUUUUUUUUUCUUUACGUUUAACUGCAUUUUCUUGCCAUGUUUCACAGGUUGGUACUUUAUUUUGCCAAGUAACCAAAAGUAGUUAAAGCAAGAUCCUGCAAAUUUCUCAUAUUGGGAAGAUCUUUUGUCAUUGUCCUGUGUUACCUACUUUCAGUGUUAAAAUCUUUUCUUUUUUUUUUUUCUUUUUUUUUUUGCAGAGUUGACUUAAAUAUUUUGCCGGCCAUAUUGAUUUUUUUUGUUUGUUUGUUUUUGUUUAUGAGGACGUUUCCAAAUGCAGUCGCCCGAUGACCUUUUGCUCGACGUUUUUCGUACUACACCUUUGAUAAAUAGCUUUCACAGUAAAACUGUUCAUGAAAUGUGGUCGUGGAGUGCAAUGAAUGACUUAUCCCCCCCUCCCAUGAAUAAAGACAUCUGUUCAAGGUG